GGCGGGGCUUCAUGCUGUGGGCCUGUUCCCUCUGGCGAGGCCUUCUUCUCCCACGCGAGGAGGCGAGGGGACGAGGCGAGCGGCGAGCCCCAGGACCCCCGGUUGCGUGCCCAUGAGGCGGGGGGCCUGAGCCCGCCAAGGAGGGGAAGGAGUCGUGAUGCGGAAUCCGCACCCGCUUUCCUUGGUGGCCGCGCUGGCCCUCCCGGUCUGGCUGCUGAUGGAGCUUCCGGCCACCAGCGGAUACAUCCAUGCGAUGUCGGACCACAACACCAGCAUGGACUUCUCCGACCUGCCGGCCAUGUUUGGGAGCCCGUUGCCCCGCGAGGGACUGGUGGCCUACUUGGUGGAGUCCCGCCCGGCCAACGCCUGCCAGCCCUUGGAGGGGCCCCCCAACAACAGGAGCCUCUUCGUGGCCCUCGUCCAGCGCUACGACUGCAACUUCGACGUCAAGGUCUUCCAUGCCCAGCAGGCCGGCUACUCUGCGGCCAUCGUCCACAAUGUGGGUUCGGACAACCUCCUCAACAUGGUCUGGGAUGAUGAGCACCUGCACAAGCUCAUCAGCAUCCCUUCCGUCUUCAUUGGCGAAACGGCCGCCACGUACCUGCGCAGGAUCUUCACUUACGAAAAAGGGGGCCAAGUGAUCCUGAUCCCAGAGUACAUCUUCCCGCUGGGCUACUACCUCAUCCCCUUCACGGGGGUCGUGGGCAUCGUCAUCGCCGUCAUGUGCACCAUCCUGAUUGUGCGCUGCGUCCAGCACCGGAAGCGGAUGCGGAGGAACCGCCUCUCGAAGGAGCAGCUGAAGAAGAUCCCCAUCCACAAGUACAGGAAAGGGGAUGAAUAUGACGUCUGCGCCAUCUGCCUGGAGGAGUACGAAGACGGGGAGCGCCUGCGGAUCCUGCCUUGUUCUCAUGCCUACCACUGCAAGUGCGUGGACCCGUGGCUGACGGGCACCAAGAAGACCUGCCCGGUCUGCAAGCAGCGCGUCCUGCGCUCCUCCCAGGACUCGGACUCUGAGGCCGAAGACGACGGACACAGCGGUGGCGCCCGAGGCCGAGGGGACGGUCAAGCGGGCGGCCGGAGGAGGGAGGAAGAGGACGAGGAAGAGGAAGGAGGAGGAGGAGGAGGAGGGCAGGAAGAGGAAGGGGAAGGGGCCCCCGACUCGGAGCGCACCCCCCUCCUGCGCCCCUCCCCCUCCGCCGGGACCCCCUCCUUCGGCAGUAUGGCCCACUCCCCACCCUCGGAGGGCCCCCUCCUGGUCUAGGGCCAAAGACCCCCAGCGGGACCCUCCCUUCCGCUCUGCUUUUGACCACUCAGCUUCCAGUCUGUCUUUUUUAACCUUUCAGGGAAGGAAGGGAAGGCGGGAAUGGCGGCGAGCCACCAAAUUGGGGAGGGGUCUCUCUCUUCUAGGCAUCACCACCACUUUGAGAAGACCCCCUUCCAAAAGCCCAUCAGUCCAGAUUCCCUGUCUUUUGCAGGUGACCUUUUGCAGGUGACCUUUGGGAUGAGGAGAGUCGCAUUGAAUGGGGGGGGGGGUGACCCCUCAAAUUGGGGAGGGGUCUCUCUCUUCUAGGCAUCACCACCACUUUGAGAAGACCCCCUUCCAAAAGCCCAUCAGUCCAGAUUCCCUGUCUUUUGCAGGUGACCUUUGGGAGGAGGAGAGUCUCGUUGAAUGGGGGGGGUGACCCCUCAAAUUGGGGAGGGGUCUUCCUCUUCUCGCUUUCACUGUGUUUAAAAGACCUCCUUCCAGAAGUCUAUAGAUAUUCCCUGUCUUUUGCAAGUUUGGGAGGAGGAGAGUAACAUUGAAUUGGGGGGGGGGGGGACUCCUUGAAUUGGGGAGGGGUCUCUCUCUUCUAGGCAUCACUACCACUUUGAGAAGACCCCCUUCCAAAAGCCCAUUGGUUCAGAUUCCCUGUCUUUUGCAGGUGACCUUUUGCAGGCAACCUUUGGGAGGAGGAGAGUCACAUUGAAUUGGGGGGGGGGGUGACCCCUCAAAUUGGGGAGGGGUCUUCCUCUUCUCGCUUUCACUGUGUUUAAAAGACCUCCUUCCAGAAGUCUAUAGAUAUUCCCUGUCUUUUGCAAGUUUGGGAGGAGGAGAGUCACAUUGAAUUGGGGGGGGGGGGGUGACCCCUCAAAUUGGGGAGGGGGCUUCCUCUGUUUAGAAGACCCCCUGGCAAAGGUCUCGAGGUCCAUAUUGCCUGUCUUUUGCAGGGGAAGAUGAGGUUGCAGAGUCCGAACAAAAGGGCCUUGGCUUCCUUAUUUUUUUGGGGGGGGGGGUCCACAACCAUUUUUGCACCCCCUUUUUGGGGGUGCAAAAUUUGGGGAGGGGGUCAGUUAUUAUUGCAAGCCCUCUCCACACAACCCUGAUCAGAAAGUCGUGCUGGAUGAUGGAUUCAGAGUUGUGCAAGUAAGUGUGCAAUGCAUUUUUUGCACGCACGUGUGCACAUACUCAGAGAAGGCCUGGUUCCUGUUUUUUGCACAAGCACCCCCCCCCCCUCCCCUCACGUACACUUUUGCACUUUGGGUUCCGUGCCAAGGAAGGAGAGCGACGAGGGAGGUGGUCUUUGCCGGUCUUUGCCGUUCGCUUUGGAACAGAGGAGACCCCUCCCCACAAAAGGGCAGACCCCCCCCCCC